AUGCUACACGACAAGUACAUUCAAAUGGAACGGUCGUAUGAAGCAGUCAAUACUGCGGUAGAUCUGAUCAACCGUUCCACGAACACGCAAAACGUAACUGCAACACUUUUUGAGCUGGGUUUCAAAGUGAAACCUACGCUAGAUCACCUACGCGUAUUUGGUUCUCGCGGCUACGCCCAUAUAGACAAGGCAAAGAGGACGAAGCUUGAACCUAAGAGCUUUAGGUGUCUGCUGCUUGGAUACACAGAAAACGUCAAGGGUUACCGUGUCUAUGACUUGGACGCUUCCAAGAUCAAAGUGUGUCGCUCAGUAAAGCUGGACGAGCGUGAGGUGGGUGGUAUUUACGAUACACUACCUGCUCAGAUCGAAACAGUUAUUCAUGUUAGCACAGACGCCGAUGAUGAAGUCACGCUCGCACCAGUGGAACUUCAACCCGUCGAAGCGGAACCCAUGGAAGGCGUUGAGAACGACGCACCGGAUGUAGAGAUGGAGAGCAUGCAACCGAUACAGGACGCUAUACCGCCGCUGCUGAUGCCACAAGAACGGUCAGCUUCCACUGGAUUUGAGUUGGAACCGUACCGUGGACCACCGACUAUCUUCGAGGACGAUCAAGUGGUGUUCCAUACCCCUAGAGACCGUUUUAGAAGUUCCCGGGAACCAGUCUUCCUUCUUGAAGAGGGAACGGACGCAGAGGAAGAACGGAAGUCGGAAGGAAGAGAUGGACCGUCCUAUCCGAAGCGUGCCAGGAUCGAUGAAGACGGCCUUAUUGCUGAAGCCGUCCUCGCGUACACAGCAAGCAUUGACGCAGUGGAUCUUCCUACAACGUACGCUCAGGCAAUCGACAGUGAAGAUGCUACGCAGUGUCGUGAAGCCAUGGAGGCUGAACUGCUCUCACAUAAACGGAACAAUACCUAG